AAAUUCGUAACCAACAAUGUAACUGACAAGUCGCGGUUGCUUAGUAUUAGUUGUUAUACUUGUUAUACGAUCCGGUGCAGUGGAUUUUGGAUUAGCUUGGUAUAGAUUGAAAAUGAGUAAACGACGUCGGGCUUCGUCUGGGGCCAGCCGUGGAGCUGACGGAGACGAUAGUGAUGAUGGAGUGGAACAUACUCCCGGGCCUCCGCCUUCGCGUAAAAAGAAAAAGCUGGAUCCAAGCGAAAUGUGCCAACAACUGUAUGACACCAUCAGAGGUUUCAAGAAGGAUGAUGGUACAUUACUUUGUGACUCCUUUAUCCGAGCACCCAAAAGACGUCAAGAGCCGCAGUACUAUGAAGUAGUGUCGCAGCCUAUUGACUUGUUAAGGGUGCAACAAAAGCUCAAGAUGGAUAAUUACGAAGACCUGGACGAGCUGUCGGCAGACAUUGAGUUGCUCGUGAACAAUGCUAAGGCUUUCUACAAGCCUGAUACUGUGGAGUACAAGGAUGCUAUUGAGCUGUGGAAGCUGUAUACACAAACCAAACAUGCUUUGGAAAAUGGUGAAGAGGUGAAACCACCGAGAGUGUCCCGCACUGGCUCCCUGUCCCGGAGGUCUGAUGUAGCCGAGGAUCUCUCCGAAACAUCCACGAAUAACGAAGAAGACAACAUAUUUGAAGAGCUAUUUAGUGCCGUCAUGACAGCGAACUCCGAAGGCCGCUCCCUCUACACUGCCUUCCAAUUCCUCCCAUCCAAGCGCCGCUACCCCGAGUACUACCGCAUCAUAGACAGCCCUAUAGACCUGAAGACCAUCGCGCAGAAGAUCCAGGCCGGAGAGUAUACCAACCUCAAUGAGAUGGAGAAAGAUUUGCAGCUGAUGGUCAGGAAUGCGUGUCAUUUUAAUGAGCCGGGCAGCAACAUUUAUAAGGAUGCUAAGACUUUGAAAAAGAUAAUCCAAGUUCGCAAACAAGAAUUAGAGCAGCAGCACAGCCGCAGCGGUCCCGCUAAGACCUCGGAGCGAAUCCGCAGCAAAAGAACUUCUCGCAUUGGUCCCGUCCCGUCCAGCAGUGCUCUGGCCAUUAUGGACCCGCCGGGCUCUGAUACUGAAGUCGUCAAGCACUCUGAAGAGAGCGCUGGAGAAAGUGAGGACGAAAAAGGCGAGAAUGAAGACUCACCACAGUGGAAACUCCUUGAGACUGUCAAGAGUCAGACAGGACCUAACGGCACACCAAUGGCCGAAGCCUUCUGGAAGCUUCCCUCUCGCCGCGCCUACCCCGACUACUACAAAGAAAUCAAGAACCCGGUGUCCCUCAACCAGAUCAAGAACAAGAUCAGGAAAGGGGCCUACGGGACUCUGUCAGAGGUGGCGGGGGAUAUGAACAUCAUGUUUGAGAAUGCAAAGCAAUACAACCAGCCUACUUCUCGGUUGUAUAAAGAUGCUGCGAAAUUACAGAGGAUAAUGCAGCAGCGGGUCCAAGAGCUACUGGACAUUGUGCAGAGUUCUUCGAGUGACGACGAGAGCUUGUCCUCGGUGAAGAACCAGGCUCAGGUCACCACGCCGAGACCAAGGGGCCGUCCCCGCGUCAACCCGGCCCCCACCACCCCCGCGUCCGCCCCCUCCCUCCCCAAAUCCAACCUCCCCCUCAAGAAGAAGCUCCACUUCAUCGCCAAGCAUCUCAUCGACUUCACGUGCCCCGAUGGAAGGCAGCCUAUGCUGCUAUUCAUGGAGAAGCCGAGCAAGAAACUGUACCCAGAGUACUAUAAUGUGAUCGAUCGGCCCAUUGAUAUGAUCACUAUUGAAGCCAAUAUUAAGAGCGACCGUUACAACAGUAUAGAAGAGAUGGUAUCCGACUUCCGCCUGAUGUUCUCCAACUGCCGACAGUUCAACGAGGAGGGAUCCAUGAUCUACGAUGACGCCAGCCGUCUGGAGCGCGUCAUGAAUGAGAAACUCAAAGAACUCAACUCCAAUUAUGAGAAGAAGGCGCCUGUGAACAAAGUUCCUAAGACUCCGAAGUCAAGACAACUUUCGCCGCUUGAGCAGAAAUUGAGAACUCUUUAUGACGCUAUCCGAGACUAUAGGAUCCCAAAAGCCAAACGCCAGCUCGCCCUAAUCUUCAUGAAGCUCCCAAGCAAAUCCGAAUACCCCGACUACUACGAGCUCAUAAAGAACCCCAUAGACAUGGAGAAAAUCGCACACAAACUCAAGAACAACAUUUACAACUCCGUCAACGAGCUGGCUUCCGACUUCAUGCUUAUGUUGGACAACGCCUGCAAAUAUAAUGAGCCGGACUCACAGAUCUAUAAGGAUGCGCUUAUAUUGCAGCGGGUUUGCUUGCAGACCAAGCAAAUGCUAAGAGAAGACGAUGAUGCACCGCCUGACGUGCCGGCGGCCGUGCAAGAACUACUCCUGAACCUGUUCACGUCGGUGUACAACCAUCAGGACGAAGAGGGCAGAUGUUACUCGGACAGUAUGGCAGAACUACCGGAACACGACGAAAACAACGGCGUCCGCGUUCGCGGCAUCUCCCUCGAUCUUGUCAAGCGGCGACUGGACCGAGGCCUAUACCGUCGGCUUGACCACUUCCAACAAGACAUGUUUGCUGUCUUUGAAAGAGCUCGUCGUCUCUCGCGUACGGACAGCCAAAUCUUCGAAGACUCCGUUGAGCUGCAAACCUUCUUCAUCGCCCACCGCGACCAGCUCUGCAAGGACACGCUGACGUCACCCGCGCUGUCCUUCACUAAAGACAUACUCACCACCAGCGUGGAGUUGCUCAAGCAGUGCAAGAUGCUACAGGAGAAUGAUGAGGAGGAUGAUACCAGGUCAAGCACGGACGAGUCAAUGCCAGCGGGCGCCCCUCAACCGCAGACCAAGUACGACAAGGGCGACUUCCUGUACGUGCAACCCGACAAAACCAACAAGGAGCCCGCCAUCGUGCAGGCUGUGCGGAUCUGGACCAAUAGCGACGGAGUCCCUAUGAUGUAUGCCAACGUUUACUUCCGGCCUCACGAGACGUUCCACGUGCGUACACGCAAGUUCCUCCAGCAAGAGGUGUUCAAAACGGAAACGUUCCGCAACAUCCCUCUUGACCAGAUCGCUGGCCAUUGCUACGUCAUGAACGUCAAGGAGUACUUCAAGUUCCGUCCCGAAGGUUACGCCGACAAGGACGUGUAUGUGUGUGAAAGCCGUUAUAACUCCAAGCACCGCUGGUUCAAGAAAAUCAAGGUGUGGGAGGGCGCCGAGAAAGAAGCGACGCUUAUGCCAAGAGAGGUGCCCCUCGAGCCCAACCGGACGGUGUCCGUGUUCCGCGAACGCGUUGAGAAACACAAGGACGAACUGGCGGAAUUGGAGGUGCUCGAAAACGUACAGGAAAAAGAGAGACCCGAUGUGGUGAUGUACAAUCCUCUCGGCACCGAUGAUGAGAACACCUACUACGAGCAAUACAACACAGUUUGCUCCGGAGUUAUCAAGACAGGCGACUACGUUUACGUAGUCACGGACGGCGGCAAGCAGAUGAUCGCACAGGUCGACACCAUCUGGGAGACCGGAGACAACAAAUGCUACUUCCGUGGCCCGUUCCUCAUCUUCCCCGCAGAAGUAGCUAACAUCAUCAACAAACCGUUCUACAAGCAAGAGGUGCUCCUGACGACCAUGCACGACACCAGCCCACUGGUGGGUAUCGUGGGAAAGUGCGCAGUGCUCGACUACGAUGAUUACCUCAAAUGUCGUCCGACGGAGAUCUCAGAGAACGACGUGUUCGUGUGCGAGUCGCUGUACGACGAGUCGAACAGAAUCGCGCGCAAGCUGACCGCUGGGCUUCGCAAGUUCGAGCACACCAAGGAUGUCACUGUUGAUGAGAUCUACUACUUCCCGCGGCUGCGCGGGCCGCCGGCGCUGGCAUCGCCGCAGGAGGUGCACAGCUUUACGCCCAAGCAGCCCGCCUUCAACCCCGUGCACAUCGACUCCAUGGACACGAAGCCGCAGUUCACGAAUCUCAUCAACACUACGAUCGGCCAAGACGUCGAAAUGUUGCUCGAGAACUCACUUGAUGAGUCGUCUCUAGCGUCGCCAGCUACGCCGCUCUCUGGGGGGGGCAACAGCAACCCGUACAACCCGUCUAUCGCGUCCAACCAGGAGCGCACCCCCGUCGCCACCCCGACUACAGGCAAGAAGAAGAAAGAGUCCAAGCAGAAGAUCGUCACCGGCUACAUUCUCUACUCCAGCGAGAUCCGCAAGGCUAUCAUUGCCAACAAUCCGGAGGCGACCUUCGGCGAGAUCUCCCGCAUAGUUGGCAACGAGUGGCGCUCUCUACCGGCAGCCACCAAACAGAGUUGGGAGGAGCGCGCAGCCAGGUGCAACGAGGAAACUUCAGCCAAGUUAGCCGAGGAGAUGCGGGAGAUGGCACAGCAUGGCGGGACACCAGCACCCGUUGUGGAGCUCACCUACGAAUGUGCCUGGGAGUCUUGCGACUACCAGUUCGAGGACUUGGCCGACUGCAUGGAGCAUUGCAUCGGGGAUGGUGGGAACAUGAUUGGAACUUUCAUUGAGACGAAGAAGGCUAAAUUAGAACCGGGGCACGUGCAGACCCACUACCGCGGCCACGCGGGCGACUUCCCCUGCGUGUGGCGGAACUGCGCACGAGUGCGAAAGGGACAGGCGCCCUUCCCGAAUCUACCUCGCCUGCUCCGACACGUGAGGGACCUGCAUGUCAACAAGGGCAACGGCCGGUCCAUCGCUCCUCACGAGCGCUCCAGGAAUUAUAUACCUUCGUCGAGAAAACCGCCGCCGGCUAAGACGUACACCAACACCUUCAGAGGUGGCGUGAUGUCGCCUGGAGCGUCGUUGUCGGGCAUGUCGCCGCUGGCGCGCAACACGCCGUCGCCGGGCGGGGCGGAGGGGCCGCGCGCGGCGCCGGCGGGGCUGGAGCCGCUGUUCGUGUCGGCGCCGCCCAAGGCGCAGCGCGUGCAGCACUCGGAGGCCUACAUCAGAUACAUCGAAGGCCUCCACUCCGAACAAAAAUACAUCACUCCCUGGGAAAAGUCCCUCACCCCAAUGCCCAUCAACCCGGACCCGUCCCACUUCAACAUGCACAAAAUACCCGCCCACUGGAUGACGGAAGACUCCAUCAACGGCUACCUGACCCAGGACAAGACGCUGUCGGAAACGGAUAUUCACAAGAUGGAUAAUAGCGCCAAGAUACUGAAAGGGCUGUGCGCGCUGAGGGACUUUAUGAUGAAGGAUGCGCUGUGCAUUUAUAAGAAUCAUCUUUGAUAUAAAAAACAUUGAGUAAUAUUCUCUUCUUCUUCCUCGCGUUAUCCCGGCAUUUUGCCACGGCUCAUGGGAGCCUGGGGUCCGCUUGACAACUAAACCCAAGAAUGGACGUAGGCACCAGUUUUUACGAAAGUGACUGCCAUCUGACCUUCCAACCCAGAGGGGAAACUAGGCAUUAUUGGGAUGAGCCCGGUUUCCUCACGAUGUUUUCCUUUACCAAAAAGCGACUGGUAAAUAUCAACUAUAGUAAUGAGUAAUAUUCUAUCAGAGUUGAAAAGUUCCUAAAGCAGGAACGUGGAAUUUUCAUCUCUAAAAAUGUGGAUAAAACCCGUUAAUAUGCUUAAAGAUUUUUUUUUACAAUUAUGACCUGGAUGCGAGUCCUUUAAGCCAAUAUGCUUAAAGAUUAUAAGGUAUCUUCUACCCAUUACCUACCCUCGUGACGUCACAUGUCACUAAGAAAUU